AACCUUUCCAUUUUGCUUUCCAUCAUAUAUUACAACUCACUCUUACUCUCUCAUUUACGCUAUGUAAUAUUACCCGCCAUUUAUCCGAUUACCCAUCGAGCUACAUUCUUAAUCACUCAUAUUAUUUCUAAUUGUCCCCUGUAAAAAAUCACAAAUAGCAAAUAACAACAUCGAAACUGGACACUAACAUAAUCGGCCUUCCGACGGGAACAGACACACACCACCACCUCCCGUCAUCUCCGUCAUCUCCGUCAUUAGGUAUCCAGUAAGAUCCAUAUCAUCUACCCGAGACGUCCCGCCCCCCCUUUUUCUAGAUUUUAGAAAGGUUUCAUUAGCCAAUACGGAUACAUCAAAAUCUCACCGUCCAACGACCUAAUACCGAUACAUCAUUCUCGGCGCACAGCACGAAAAAAAGAAAAAAAGAACGCAUAGGCGCAUGGGAGAUCCCGCCGGCUGAGAAGAGGAGUUGAAGCGAGAGGACUAGAUCGUAAGAGAGCGUAAGAAAAGUGAGAGAUAGUAAGAGACUUGUCUCAUCUCACUCUGACGCUGCCGGCCGGCAGUGAACCCGCAACCCGCCGCGGGCGCGCGCCUGAUCUUUUUUUUCAUUCAAUCUGAAAUCUGGAUCUGGUACUGCGUCUGGAUCUGGGAUUGAUCUGAGCUGACCGGCUGCCCCAACUCGACACGAGCACGAGCACGAGCACAGCAGCGUCUAAUAAAACGAUGAGUCUCAGUAAUCCUGCUUCGGCCGCGUCGGGACCAGCUUCGGCCACCGCAAGAAACCAAACAACCCUGAAGAGGAGCGUACAAGCCGCCUUUGAAGAUCCUACUGAUAGAGGUGGAAGCGUAGGUUACCAGUCCAAGGUUAGGGUCGUCGACAAGUAUAAAGUCAUCGGUUUUAUUAGCAGCGGGACGUAUGGCCGAGUAUACAAGGCCUUGGGUCGGCAUGGCCAACCGGGUGAAUUUGCUAUCAAGAAGUUCAAGCCCGAUAAGGAAGGGGAACAAAUACAGUACUCUGGUAUAUCACAGUCAGCGGUGCGCGAGAUGGCUCUAUGCUCGGAGUUGAAGCAUGACAACGUUAUCCGCCUUAUCGAGAUUAUCUUGGAAGACAAAUGCAUCUAUAUGGUGUUCGAGUAUGCCGAACACGACCUCUUGCAGAUCAUUCACCAUCACACCCAGCAACCACGCCAUAGCAUACCACCUUCCACUGUCAAAAGUAUCAUGUUCCAGCUGCUAAAUGGAUGUCAGUACCUUCACAGCAACUGGGUUCUACACCGCGACCUCAAACCCGCCAACAUCAUGGUCACAUCGAGCGGACAGGUCAAGAUCGGUGACUUAGGGCUGGCCCGCCUUUUCUACAAACCCCUGCACUCACUGUGGAGUGGCGAUAAAGUAGUUGUGACGAUAUGGUACCGUGCCCCAGAGCUGCUCCUAGGAAGCCGGCAUUAUACGCCAGCAAUCGACAUGUGGGCCGUAGGUUGCAUAUUCGCCGAAUUGUUAUCCCUUAGGCCUAUCUUCAAAGGAGAAGAGGCUAAGAUGGAUAAGAAGACAGUGCCUUUCCAGCGUAACCAGAUGCAAAAGAUCGUUGACAUCAUGGGUCUUCCUACCAAGGAGCGCUGGCCCCACCUACCUAGCAUGCCCGAGUAUAACAACCUAAGCGUAUUACAACCGCCCAUGCUACACCCGGGCCAUCAUCACGGACACCAUCACCAUCAUCACUCCAAGUCCGCUGGCUCGACCAGCCACCUCGAGAAAUGGUACUACACCACCAUCGGCGCGCACUCGUCAACCUCGUCCCCGAAUUCCAACGCUACCCUCGCGGCUCUCGGCGCCGAAGGCUAUAAGCUACUUGCUGGCCUUCUCGAAUACGACCCCGAGCGUCGUCUCACAGCCGCCCAAGCCCUACAGCACCCCUUCUUCCAGGUUGGCAGCACAGGUGGCAUAGGCGUCAGCGCAGGCUGCUUUGAGGGCUUGAAGGUCGCAUAUCCCCAGCGCCGUGUCAGUCAAGACGAUAACGAUAUACGUACCGCGAGCCUGCCUGGGACAAAGAGGUCUGGGUUGCCGGAUGAUAGCGUUGUUAGGCCUGUUAAGAGGAUUAAGGAAGGCUAGGAGUCUUGACUUGCUGCUAAGGAGCUGCUAAGGAAAAUAUAUCUAUGGGUGGCCUAGAAUUAGGUUCUAGUGUAGGCAGAUUAUAUGGGUGGUUUGAUUUCAUGCGAAGGAGUUUGGGUUUGACUUGGGGUAUGGGGGCGUGAUUGAUAUUGUUAUUUCAAGGAAUAGGCAUGGAGUAAGGCGAUAUGGUCUAGCAUGGUAAAGCAUGACGUUGUGUAGGUAGUAUUGAUAUUGAUGUUAACAUCAACAUGGUCCUCAAGGUUACCAUGCGUCCAAGCUUACCGCCGUUCAGAAAAUCAUUAGCUUUGCAAAAUUCGAAACCCAUGAAUACUUAGGUAGGUAGGUAGCAGGUAUCAAACUGCCUGACUAGCUCACACACCCUUCAAACUAGCCAGGCCGUCAAUAUUAC